CCCAGCUGUUUCGUCUUUUCGCCUGACCCUCUCUACUGCGCCAAGAUCCUUCCUCACCACUCGAUUCGCCGGACGAGAUGCCCACAAGAUGGACGCCGCUCCGAACCCCAGCAGCGGCCACAACGUUACUAGGACUGGCACCAGCGGAAAAGCACAGAAACGACCAAUGAAAUCAUUUAUGUUUAUUGACUCCUCUCAAGGUGGACAAAACUCGAAGCCUGACAAGGCUGUGAGAUCCUUUGUCAUGCACCAGGCCCGCCGACAGAAGCCCUGGAGUACCCGGAAAAGCCCUCAGAGCCCCAGUACGGGAACCGCCCCAACCAAGCCAAGCCAAAAACGCUCUUCAUUUGAGAUCCCCAGGAGGGCUGAUGAGAUCGCACCUGCUUCAUCCUGGUUCGAGUACGACCCGAGUCCGAAUUCGUGGAAUGCCCAGUCAGGUGGAUCACCUGUCAGCAGCAGCAGCAGCAGCGUUUCUGGUCGGAGCAGUCAGCCCUGCCUGACUCCCCCAUCCAGUGACGGUAGUGUGUGCAACUUCCCUCUCUGCAAUGGAGAAGCCUGUGGCCAGCUGCAUGCUGCGCUGGCACGACGGGAUGGCUUCUCACUCGGGGUUCUAGAUCCUUUUGAUAGUCUGCCGGUGAAGGCGGAUGCAAAGACGAGCGCACUGAUUGAUCACUUUGUGAGCAUUAUCUCACCGCGCCUGUUACCGGUGGACCUGCAUCAAACAUCCACAAUAACGACCACCGAAUGGGUGGCCAGCUCGCUGCGAAAUGAUAACAGCGCACCGUUCACAUAUGCCAUGUUGACUACAAGUGCGCUGCAUCUCCAAGCCAUGGGUGCAAACAACGCCGAGAAUGCGUUGUACUACAAGGGACGGGCGAUAUCAGAAAUCAAUACGAACCUAUCAGAUCCCAAGACCAGCGUUGACGAUAGCAACAUUGCUGCUGUCUUUAUGCUUCUUUGUCUUGAAGAGAGUCAGCUUGCGCCUGUAGAAGGCAAGGCUGGCAAUGACCCUGAAUGGAAUGAGAUGCAUCGACAAAUACACCUUAAUGGCCUUCGGACGAUGAUCCAACAACGAGGUGGCCUUGCAGCGUUGAGUGCCAACAGAUGCCUGCAGGUCUUUAUACUAAUGCACAGCAUCGCGCAUAGUAUCGCCUCCUUCCAACGACCCUACACCACCCUUUUAGAUAGUACCGGGUCCCCCCAAAAAUAUGACCUACCAUCAUUUCGCUCGCGGCCCGCUUCACACCGCAUCCUACGCCUCUUCCGGGAUCUUAAACUAGAUACCGAUCUACUUGAUAUUAUCUCUAAUGUCGUGGUCUUCACCGGCGACAUCAGCUCUUGGUUCGAGGACCGAAGAUGUCCCGUCGAUCCUCUCGAGCUCCAAAAACACAUCUCCCUACUAAUGUACAGGUUAUUUGACUGGUACACUAAAGAAGGAGAGGACGAUCGAAACCCUCUAGACCAAUGCAUAUGUCUCGGCGUCCUGAUAUUCCUCGUCCGAACAUCACAGCCGCAAGAAAACUCAUACCGCACCAUGAUUCUCACAACAGUCCGAAAGCUGCGCGCAGCAUUAACAAGAGGAAGCAUUUUCCGCUGGGCUAAAUCGCCGGACUUGUUACUCUGGACCUUAACAAUGGGCGCGCUAGCAGCCCAGGGUUCCACGGAAGCGGAUUUCUUCGCACAGUAUUGCUCGGUAGCGUUUGCGGGUGCGGGGUUUGAUGAGAAAACUACGGCGGAAGAGCUGCUAGAUCGGAUGCGGAAGUGUUUGUGGAUUCCGCUGUUACUUGAUAAUGACGUUAAGAAGCUCUGGACUCAGAUGGGGCUAGCGAGAGGGGAGGAACUGGAAGAUGAUGGUCUUGAUGGUGGGUUGCUGAGUCCGGAGAUUAAGGAUGAUGAUGUGGUGGGGUUGUUGACGUCGACGAGGUUCUUUUCGAAUAAGAGAAGGUGAGAGUUGGGAGGGGGAAAUGAAAUAAGGAAAGCGGAUUAUUUGCUGAUAUAACUGUACUGAUAUUUGAUAAUUGACGAGUCGUUGAUAACUAAGU